AUGCCUUAUAGCCCAACACCACCGAUUUGGAUAUUGUGUGUUAAAGAUCACAGAAAUCUUCAAGGAGAAGAGCUAUACGAUUACAUGAGAGAAUUUUGGCUCGGGGCGCAAGAACUCUACCCAACACGACAAGUCAUUAUGAUCACAAAUCGGAAGUCUCAUUGCUAUCUCUGGUAUCCUCAUCGCCAGAUCAGUCAAAUUGCAACAAUUCAAAACUCAACUGGAAAAUGA